AGGGCGGGGGCGUGCCCGCGAUGCGCGCUGCGCAAGGCUGCUUGUUGUUCCCGCAGAGAGGCGAGAAGAUGGCGGCCGUGUCAAGCGGAGGUACUGCUGGGUCCGCUUCGGCCGCAAUUACGCACCCUGCGCGGCCGACCCACGCAGUAAUGGGCCCCCAGAACCGAUCCCAGCCACCCUCCGGGAUCAACCACUCCGUUCGUACCACCACAGCCACCGGGUGCAUCAAUAAUCCUGUCCAUACUUCGGCCGCCAGGCCCCCCCCGGCCCGAGUGGGCUACUAUGAAAUCGAGCGGACCAUCGGCAAGGGAAAUUUCGCGGUUGUUAAGCUAGCCACGCACAUGAUAACCAAAGCAAAGGUGGCUAUAAAAAUAGUGGAUAAGACCCAGCUAGAUGAUGAGAACCUGAAAAAGAUCUUCAGAGAGGUGCAAAUCAUGAAGCUGUUGAAGCACCCCCACAUCAUCCGCCUCUACCAGGUGAUGGAGACCGAGAGGAUGAUCUAUCUGGUAACAGAGUACGCCAGCGGUGGCGAGAUAUUUGACCACCUGGUGGCUCAUGGGCGUAUGGCAGAAAAAGACGCCAGAAAGAAAUUUAAGCAGAUCGUGGCAGCGGUCCAUUUUUGUCACUGCCGCAACAUUGUCCACAGAGACUUAAAGGCUGAGAAUCUGCUCCUUGACCAUAACCUCAACAUCAAAAUAGCAGAUUUUGGCUUCAGUAACAUUUUUUCUCGAGGCCAGCUGUUAAAGACUUGGUGUGGCAGCCCUCCCUAUGCUGCACCAGAACUUUUUGAGGGCAAGGAAUAUGAUGGACCCAAAGUAGAUAUAUGGAGCUUAGGUGUGGUGUUAUAUGUACUGGUGUGUGGCGCCCUGCCCUUUGAUGGUAGCACUCUACAUAAUUUGCGGGCACGUGUCCUCAGUGGCAAGUUCCGCAUUCCCUUCUUCAUGUCCACAGAUUGUGAGUACUUGAUCAGACACAUGCUAGUGCUGGAGCCCAGCAGACGGUUGACUAUGGAACAGAUCUGUAAAAACAAGUGGAUGAGACAAGGAGACCCGGACCCAGACUUUGACAGGUUAAUAGCAGAGUGUGAGCAGGUGAAGACAGAGAGAGAGACUGAACUUAUCAAUGAGCAGGUGCUGAUGGCCAUGUGUGAAAUGGGCCUGGACCGGGAGAGCACCCUCCAGUCUCUACAAACAGAUGCAUACGAUCACUUGAGUGCCAUCUACAGUCUACUAGCUGAACGCCUCAAGAAACACAAGACCCUACGUGUUGCCCAGCCCACACCGCGCCCCAUUAGCUAUCCGCUUAAUGCUGUACAGCAGACAGAUCCACAGGGUAAUCCUGUUAGCAUGACCGUUCCCCAUGUCCAGCUCAUUAACCCAGAGAACCAGAUUGUUGAGCCGGAUGGCAGCAUGACAUUGGACAGUGAUGAAGGAGAGGAGCCAUCUCCGGAGGCCAUGGCUCGAUACCUCUCAAUGAGGCGGCAUACUGUGGGGGUACCAGACCAAAGGACCGAGAUGCAGGACAAACUGCCAUCAGGUUUCCCACGUGGUCCAGUGCCCCAGCCCCCCUUUCCCUUAUUGGCUCCCAAUAUGGGCCAAAUGCACACACUCAUGCCCACACAGAGCCUGCAGCCCACACAGCAACUGGAGUACAAGGAACAGUCCUUGUUGCAGCCACCUACUCUGCAGCUGCUUAAUGGCAUGGGUCCUCUGGGUCGACGAGCUUCCGAUGGUGGGGCCAACAUUCAGCUACACGCUCAGCUCCUCAAGAGACCCCGGGGACCCUCACCACUUGUUGCAAGCCCGCACCCUAUCCCUGCAGUAGCUCCAGUGGAUGAGGAAGGUUCCGAUGGAGAACCAGACCAAGAGGCAGUACAGAGGUACCUGGCGAACCGCUCCAAGCGGCACACGACGCACGCGCUCACGAGCACAUCGCAUGGUGAGCCCACGGCAGAGUCACAGCGGUCCCAGGGCCCCCGCCAGAGGGGCGGCUGGGCUCCUGACACACACACCCGAUCCAGCUAUAAGGACUCUAACACCCUUCAUCUCCCUAUGGAGCGCUUCUCCCCUGUUAGACGGUUUUCUGAUGGCGCCGCCACCAUUCAGGCCUUCAAGGCUCAUCUAGAGAACAGCAGCCUCAUUAAGCAACUUAAGCAGGAGUGUGAGCAGCUCCAGAAAAUGUAUGCUAUCCAGCCGGAUGAGCGAUUUCUGGAGCACACCCAGCAACAGCAUGUCCUCUACCAGCAAGAGCAACAGAUCCUCAACCAGCAAAUCCAGGGUCUGUCCUUAGGCCACGGAGAAAGCCAGCCCAGUCACUUAACUCACCAGCUCCAGAGGUUGCGUAUCCAACCCUCCAGCCCUCCGCCAGCGCAUCCCAGCAACCACCUCUUCAGACAGCCCAAUCAGAGCCCUCCGCCUGGCACUGCAGGCAUAAUGCAAGGGCAUGGCCCGUCAUCAGUGCAGUACGGUGCUCCAGGGUUGUACCAGGGUCAGAAUGGCAGUCCACCCCCCACAGGUCUGCCUCGAGUCCCUUUACCAACCAAUCAGCAAGCUGCCACUGCCCGUCCCACUGUCCCUAUAGCACAGGUUGUCCCUCAACAACAGCAGGUGACCAUACAGGUGCAGGAAGUGGAGCUGGGAGGUGGGGCGCAGAGACAGAGCUUUUUGUCCACGCCGGGCGGACACCGGGUCCUCGGGAAGCAGCUGAGCGCAGACAACGCUGAGACGCACAGUCGCAGCCUUGGGCGUUUCACAUCUGCCUAUGAGCAGGCCCAGUUCAAUCCCCACCUUUUCUCUGGCGAUGCUACUUCUCGUGGCAACUCUGGUGCAGUUGGCUCCUACGGACCCUACCUGCAGGGAGCAUCGCUUAACGUCCCUGGCCUGGAGGGGUAUCAAACUGGGGCGGUCGGGCCCAGCAACUACGGCACUCCUUCUACACUACAGCAGGCUCUGCUUUCCCCGACUCCUUUGGACUACCGUCCCCCGCAACAGCAUGUAACUCCUACCCUACAGGGUCUCCUGUCUCCCCGUCACUCUUUAACUGGCCACGCCGACCCGAGGUUGCCUCCUCAAGACCUGGCUGCCCUGUUAAAAAGGCAGAGCCCCCGGCCAUGCCCAGCACCCCCUACACCUCCCAGUGGUCCACCCCAGGAGUAUAGUGACAUGCUGCUUCUCCGUCAGCUGAGCCAAGGGGAGAACUUGGAGCCACCACCACCACAGGGUGCCCCUGGAGGCCAGCACUACCACCACCUCCUACAGAUUCGACCCCCUGACGUCCAGCCCCAGCAGCACCCAGCCCAAGCACCUUGUCCAAACUUACCUCAUUCAGAGAGCAUGGAAGAGGAUGAGGUUCCUCCUGCCUACCACCAUCCACAUGAGGGUCUGCUGGUUAAGGCAGGGGAAAGUCAUGAGCUCCUGGGGCCACCUUGCGGAGGCACCCCACCCUACAGUUCCCCAACACACCGACAUGGUGGCUACAUAAGGAAUGCUCCAGCAGCUAGAGAAUCUGAGCAUGUAGAGACGAGGUCCCAAGGACAAGCUAUGGAGGUGCCUGAUCAUAAUGGUGUGGGCUUUCCACGAGCUUCCCAGGGUGAUGCGUAUAGGUCCCGUGGACAGCUACAGCGCCACCACACCAUUCAGACAUGUGAUGAUGCCUAUGAUCAAGCUGACCCCAUGUCUGGGAUGAGCCUCUUGGCUGGGAAGGCUCUAAGCUCCGCUCGCAUGUCUGACAUCCUCAGUCAGACGUCACUGACAGGAAGCCAGCAGCUGCACCAGCGGGAAGAGUCAGUGUGUGAUGUGGAAGGAGAGCUCCAUGCACCAGCCUGCUACCCAACGUCUUGCACCAGUGACAUGCUCCUUAGCUAUAAGCCCCCUGACCUGCAGUACAGCAUGGAGCAGGCUGGAGUCUAGCACAGGAAAUGGGUGUAUCCUGUGUACAGUGGUCCAUAUCAGCCAUCCUGAGUUGUGUUGACUUGAGUUGAGCAGCAUCACGCCAAACCACCAUCAUCAUGCCCACGUCAGGGCGAUCUACAUCUGUAUGUCUUCAUCUGUCUCUGGAAGGGCAGUCUGGGCCAGAACAGUGGGGUAGUGGACGAGUGUAGACAUCAGAGGGGUGGGGGUCACAGAUGGGUCAAAGUGCCAGCAUUUUCUGCACCGAUUUUCAGUUUGUCUCUAGUUUUAUUCCAUCAUGGGUAGUUUGGGUUCUACACCUCCCACUUCCUGCCCUGACCCGAAACCUCAUCUUUUACCCUGUCCUCUAACUGUUGGCAUACUUCAUUAUGUGCCUCGUUGGCCGAGACAUUGACACGUUCAUACUCGCAAAAACAUGGAGUCCAACACAAAGAAACACACACUGCUGCCACAAACCCAAAGUAUUCACGUUAGGUGUGAGUGUGUAUUUUAGUGUGAAUGACUCUGAAGAGGAGGUGAGUGGAGGGGAACGCGUCUGUCUGCUUCAGUCCGCUCCUCCCUCGCUCCCAACUCCUGCUGCCCGGCAGCGAAUCAUUCCGGAGCGGGCUGAAAUCCCGACAGGUGGCCCCGGGCGGAGGGUGUUAUGGCGUCGGGCUCCGACUGGGCAUCCAAACCGCUCUCUCCAAAGACGGAGCUCAGUGACAUCGCACAGGACAAACCAGCUCUCUCAUAGUUGUUUUGUUUUAUUUUAUUAUUUUUUAAUUUUAAAUUUUACCUUUUAUUGCUAAUGUCCAUCUAGACAUUAUGGUCAAUAUUGUUACACUUACUGUUAAUACUGUUUUCUGUAAAAGAUGUUUUAUUAUAAUGAUUAUUAUUAAAGUAACAAACAGUGCUGUGUUGCAAGGAAGACAACAUUGUUUUUUGAUUACUUAAGUCAUUCUGCACUUUCUGUCCUUUCAGUCUGUUUCCACCUCUGUCAUGCAGUUACCUUGCUUCUCAUUUAUCCUCCCCCUCCCUGUGUUACCCUCCUCUCCACCCUCUCCCAUGUCUGUGACAGUGUAUUGCAUCGUGGGUAGUUACACCAGACAUCUGCUCCUUCUCUUGUACAGUGAUGCCAUGUAUAGAAUGCUUUUGCAAUUUCCUUAUGAAAUGUUUUCUUUUUCGUUACAUUUUUCCUUGUUUUUUAGAUGUUGGGAAGCAUUUUAUAUUGUUAUUGUUCAUCAUUUGUAUUUUUGGAUGUCUUCAAAAAUGUUUUCAUUUGUUUUUUUGUUUGUUUUUUUUUUGUUUCAUGAAUCUUGAGAUUUCUAGCCAAAAGGGGACAAAGAGAAGAGCGACAGUGCUCUCUCUGUGUCUUAAAAAAAGAUUGUUCUUGUUUUAAUAUUAUUAUUAUAUCGAGACACUUGAAUAAGAGGAGAGUAAUUAUUUUGUGUUGCUUUCUAAAGUAUCAUUUCAGUCGUUGAUGUUGUGAUUGUCAUUCUUGUUGUUGUUGGGCCUGUUUUCUGUUAACGGGGUCAUGAGGCAGGCUAUACAGGGUCAGACUUUGGGCUUUGUCUGGGUUGGUUUCGGGUGCUACGGAGAGAUGACGCUCUAAAAAAAAGGAGAAAAAUGAAGAGACAUAAAACAAGGGAAUGACUUGUAAAAUAGCUGACAUAUCAUCCUGAACAUCCCAAGUGUUCCUGGACAAACUCACUCCUCUCUCUCCCUUUCGCUCUCUUGCUGCCCUGCCUUUCUGCUGUGAUCCUCCCACCAUCUUUUACUACAUCGGCUGCUUAUCGGAUGGCGCCUUAUGGACAUGCCUGCUCCUUGCAAGCUAAACUCGUUACUAUGGCAACCAAGGGUGAAAUUACUACUACUAUUACUCCACCACCCUCUCCCUUCUGUUGGUUUUUUUCUUUUUAAACUCGUUUCAGGCUUGCUUCGUUUCCCCUCCUCUAGCCUUGAAGAGACCAUCUACAGGAGCCCCCAACGGUAAAUGGAUGUUGGAUACACAUGGACACGCCUCCAACCAGAAUAGGGAAACAUUUCAGGAGGUGUCCAUAGGAACAAACUGUGGAGGAAUACACACACCCACGUUAACCCACGUUCUGUGCCCUAAGCUGACUCAGGCUCAAGCACAGCCAGAUGGAGACUGCAGCGUACUGGGGACCACAGCAGAGGAUUAAACCCCCCUUUUUCCUUUUUUUUUAUAAUUUUAAUUCUAUUGUUUACCUGUAUUUAUCCUCUCAUAUACUGUACAAUGCCCCUGGAUUUUAAGUCUGAAUUACUCCAGCAAGAGACUGUGGUGCAAAGCGUAAAGCUCCACUUGUAUGUGCUUGUAAUGGCCAGAUGUCACGGUUGAAAUGCUGUAAACCUCUGAGAGCUAUAGAUGGUGCCGUGCAGCGCCAGUGCUUUCCAUUUGCACAAUCACACUUCCUGUUUACCAAAACGGCACUUGCUUAGGUCUUGCAAGAUGGAAAAACUAAAGAGACGCACAGGAAUAAAUGUUAAGCGUUUUCUGUUUUUCUCAUUGGGCACAAGCGUUUUUUCAGAUCCGAUUUUCCCUCCAGCUCUCGUUCAUUCAUCUUUCAGGUCUGUCCUCCUGGUUUCUCUCAUUGUUUACGUCAAGCCAAAACUGAGAUCUGGAAGACAAAGGAAUUGAGUGUUUUUCAGGUAUUGGAGGGAAAAUGACUGAAUGAAAGACAUUGCAUGUCUCUUGUCCCAUGACGAGACUUAAAUCUCUAAAUUAAGCCUGGAGGCUCCUCUCGGUCCAAUGUUCCGACUCGUAGCUGUUGUUUCGGGCGUGUGUGAAAAGCAGUGAAUGGAAAGCACUGGACGUGAUUCGGAGGUAACUGAGGAGGAGGGAGCUGCUUCACACACAUCUGCCUGAUUAGACUGACCACCCCCCCACCAUCCGCUUAUCUUUGUCUUAACUUUUCAAUCCUUUUCUCUCAUCCCUCCUCAGCAAGCCAGCUCUCUGCUCUACUUCUGUUUUAGGUUCAUUUUAUUUUCUAUUUGUUCAUUUUAUUUCUGUUCUGUUUCUAUGUUCAUUUCUGUUGAGUACAAAAAUACUAAAGUGCAACAUCAAUGAUUAAAAAGAAUAUCAACCAAACUGAGAUGAAUAAAUAAAGAAAUAUAUAUAAAUAAAGAAAUAAUUUAAAAAGG